AUGGGGAAAAAGACCAAGUGCGCCAAAUUAUUGGGCCUAUUUCUAGCGGCGAUCCCGAUAAUCGUCCUUCUGGCCUGGGUUGGGGCGACCAUAUACUUCGCCGUCUGGUUUUGGGCAGUGUUCCGCAACUUUAGGACCCAGCAUCAAGUCGCAGGUGAAGAAUUCGGCCUCCUUGGCUUUGUGGUUUGCAUCCUCAAGCUUACCAGCUUUAUAUGGUUCCAUAUUCUUGAAUCCAUCAUUACAAACCUGGUCUUGUGGCUUCCUGGGUGCGCCUCUCUUUGCUUAGUACGACAGGCAAAAUCCAACAAGAAGGAGGACUGGGACCGGAGCUGUCGUGACGUUAUACCCCCUGCUGUUGCUCUCAUCACACUUUCUGGCUUUUUGGCUGCUGACAGUCUGCUGUUGGCACGUUUGGUCAAAUGGCUUCCUUACUUCAAGGCCCUGGGAGAAUCUCCAAAACAGGAGACUUGUACCGCAUUGAAGUAUGUUUUGUCACUUGAGGUUGCACUAACGGGUAUUGGACUCUUCGUGUUGAUCGUCUUCCACACCAUCAGGAUAUGCGCACUGGUGGUUGAUGUGUGCUCCCGCAAGAAGGAAGGGACAUGGGAUGAGUUCCCCGGCAGUUUUAAGCAUCAUUCUAGGAUUGAUAAAACGGAGUGGUUUGGGAAUUUCAUGGAGUGGUGUGGAAAGCGCUGGUGGGGCAGGAUAUUCGUUCCCAGAGAGAAGAACUCAACUGUACUGGACCAGACAGAUUCACAAGGAGUCUGA